AUGGGGCGUGUUGGGACCAAGACCUUGAAGAAGGUAGUGCAGGUCAUCAUCAAAAAGUACUACACCCACCAGAGCAACAACUUCCACACCAACAAGCACAUGUGUGAGAUCACCAUCAUUCCCAACAAGAAACUCCACAACAAGAUCGUGGGAUAUGUUACUCAUCAGAUGAAGCACAUCCAGAGAAGUCCUGUGAGAGUUAUCUCCAUCAAACUGCAGGAAGAAGAAAGAGAAAGGAGGGAUAGCUAUGUCCCUGAGGUCCCUGCUUUGGAUUAUGAUAUCAUUGAAGUGGACCCUGAUACCAAAGAAACGUUGAAACUCCUGGACUUGGGCAGUUUGUCCAACGAGCAAGUUUCCCAGUCCAUGGUUAGGAUGUAUGUUAGAAAACAUACAACAUGUACCUAA